AAUAUAUCCACUGUUACCUUUCUAUUCCGGCCUUUUACACAUGUUGGCUUCCCCUGUUUCGGUUCCUACUUCGGUUUUCCGAAAGUCGCCCGGUAUCCGGCCUCGGCGAAUUUGGCGGCGUUCUCGCCCCCGCAGUGGACCAUCUCUUCCGUGCGUCACUGCCGAAGCACCAUCCUCGCUCCGCCAUUACUCGGCCACGGGAUUGUGAGCGGCAGCGUUCUGUUUCCACUCUUUUUCUUUCCUUCUCUUGCCUCCAAGGUUUCGAUUUUUUUUUCGUCCAGCUCCGUUCUCACUUGUUAUUUCCUCCCUGGGACCGCAAUUGGCGUCGCAAUCUUGCAUUUUCUAGCGCCGACAUGUCCGGGUUCAUACAGAAGGGUGUCAAGAACAUCCUGCAGAAAAACCCGCAAGACGUCGUCUUUCUGUCCGCAAUACGGACACCGAUAACUCGGGCGAGAAAAGGUGGACUGCGAGACGCGUACGACCAUGAAAUGCUCGCUGCAGUUCUCAAAGCCACUAUCGAAAAGUUCCCGAAUCUAGAUCCAGCCAAAAUCGACGACAUAUGCAUUGGCACCGUCUUGUCCGAACUCGGCGGCUCCAAAGCGGGCCGAAUGGCUGCAAACCACGUCGGUAUCCCUACUACGACUUCCUUCAGCACCGCAAACCGAGCGUGCGCAUCUGGAUUGACUGCCAUAACCCAUAUUGCGAACGAGAUUGCGGUGGGACAGAUUAACGUGGGCAUUGCAGGCGGCAUGGAGAGCAUGUCAAGGAACUAUGGGAGCAGAGCUAUACCCACAGAGCUGUGGAGCGAGCUCAAGAACUCUCCCGUCAAGGAGGCAAGAGAUUGCAUAAUGGGCAUGGGAAUCACAUCCGAAAACGUAGCGGAACGAUACGGUGUCUCGCGUGCCGACCAGGAUGCUUUUGCCGCGGAAUCGCAACAGCGGGCUGCGAGGGCGCAGGCUAGCGGUUUCUUCGACGUGGAGAUUGUUCCUAUCAAGACGAGGUGGCUAGACCCCGAAGUUCCAGAGAACGAGAAGGAGAUCACGGUUACGAAAGACGAUGGUAUUAGACCAAAUACAACCGUCGAGAAGCUCGCAACCAUGAAGCCGGCGUUCAAGGAAAAUGGCACUGGCACCGCCGGAAACAGCAGCCAGGUCUCGGACGGUGCUGCCGCAGCCCUCAUGAUGCGCCGCUCCACUGCUGCCGAACUAGGUCUUACCUCGCACAUCAUUGGUAAAUGGGCCGGAACACAGGUCGUCGGAUGCUCACCGGACGAAAUGGGCGUUGGUCCCGCUCUUGCGAUCCCAAAGCUGCUAGACUACACCGGCGUUAGCAAGGACGAGAUCGGUGUAUGGGAGAUCAAUGAAGCAUUCGCUAGUCAGGCGCUGUAUUGUAUUAGGAAGCUAGGACUUGAGGAUAGGAUGGAUAAGGUGAAUCCGAAUGGAGGAGCUAUUGCGCUGGGUCAUCCCUUGGGAGCGACGAGCGGGAGAAUGUUGUCAACGAUGUUACAUGAGAUGGAAAGGCAGACGCAUGAGUUGGGUGUUUUGAGCAAGUGUAUUGGGACGGGGAUGGGGAUGGCAUGUUUGAUUGUUCGAGAGUAAAUUUUCGAGAGUCGGAAAGGAGCAGCGUGGGGUAAAAUAUGGAAAGUAGAAAAAGUGGUGCCGAAGAACGUGGAAUUCGGCGAUGUGGAAGCUCGACACAGCAAGCCGAGGAUAGAAUCUUUACACCUAGGACAUCCUAGUUAAAGGAUGUUUUGCUAGAGGAAGAAAACACUAGUGCUUCAACAAAUGUUCCUAGGGCGCCCGAAUGUCGGAAUAUAAUCG